AUGAUUUCAACUUUGACACAAAAUAUAGUUGUCUCCUUGAUCGUCACCGGGAUUACUUUCAGCGUUGUGUUUUUGCUCAAUCAUUUGCAUAAACGCAAUGCAAUUACAAAUGAAGUAUCACGAAAAGUGACUCAUAUUGGUGCUGGCACACUCUAUCUCGCUCUCUAUUUUUACGAUGAUCGCGGCCACCUCUUGAAAUAUUUGAACAUCUUUCCAAAUGUUCUGUGGACUGGUAUACUUCUAUGGAUUGGUCAACGCCGCUCACCAGAUCAUCGACAAGCGAGAGUUGUGCUCAAUGUUAUGACACGAAUGCGCAACCAGCAUGAACUCUUACGUGGACCGCUAUUUUUUAACUUUGUUAUGAUCAUCUGUGGCACAAUUUUCUAUAAAACAGUAUUAGGUUCGAUUAUCAUGGGAACGUUGACUUGGGGCGACGGUUUAGCCGCCGUCAUCGGCGUUCGCUACGGGAAUCAACGAAAAAUUUAUAAAAACAAGUCCCUGGAUGGAUCACUGAGUUUUCUCAUCGCUGGAAUUCUCGCAUCAAUAAUCUACACAUCAAUUCUCGUUAAUUUUCAAUCAGUUGCUCUGUUCAAGUUUAGUGUUAUAUGUUUCAGUGCAACUGUAGUAGAGGCAUUAACUCCGUCCGAUUUCGAUAAUUUAACAAUUCCACUAUGCAUUGCCUUUACAUAUUUUUUUCUUUUUUAA